AUGGAGGGAGGAUUUUUAGAUGGACAGCUUUAUCCCAUGGGGCCUAGGGUCCCGGGACUGGAGAAGCGCGGCCUCGCCGUGGAGAUGCCGACGCCAAUUUCUGGAAUCAAGUUCCCUCGCGCCGUUUUGGCUGCGAGAGCCGAGGAGACCGACUGCCCGGAUCCGCGACUUUGCCAGAAGCCGGUUGGCUCGUCUUCCAUGACCUUGCCAAUUGUUCUUGGAGUAUGCAUUCCCUUGGUUGGAGCGAUUGGUGUUUUGAUUUACCUUCACCGGAGGACGGUCAAAAAGAACAGGGAGGAGGAUAUGCAUGAUCCCCACAAGUCCCUGGAUUUUGGGUUGGGUGCCGAUUUUGCGAAGAAGAACGGCGCCGGUGUGGCCAACAGUGCCGACCCGUCGCGCUUCAACCGUCAAAAGCGCCAGCAAAUGUCAAUGGACAUGAACCUUUCCAGCCCCUAUCUUCUCCCGGAUGUUGGCCAGUCUCGGGAUUCCCUCAACUCUCUGGCCCGCACUCUCAAGGCAAACGAUGACCCGUACAGCCGUAGCGAUGCUGGUUCGAUAAGAUCGUUCGCGCACAAGAACGGAGACGCCGCCUCGGUGUACACUCGCGCUGCUAGUCGCUCUGCCAGUCGCCAGGAUGGCCCGCUUUCCCCCCCUCAAACAAGGAGUCCUCCACGCCUCGGCAGCAUGCCGCCCAACUCGCCCCUUUUCCCCCCAUCGCCGAGCCAUAUGCGCCCACCACAGUCACCCCUUCCUCAGCCACCCAACAAGCCGGCCAACUCGCAAGGGUGGGAAGAGCAAGACAUUGGUGUUGCAACGGAUGCGCCCAUUCUUCAGCAACCGCCCGCUGCCGCUCAAAGGGAUGCUCGGAAAUCUCCUCUCUCUCCUACUCUCAAGACCAGCGACUCUAGCCUUGAUCUCGCUCCUCCAGUUAAUCCCUUCGAGAAGCCCGAGGCUCAAGAAAUUGACACUCCCACCGAGCCCACUCAUGUUGGUCUGGGACUCAUGCACGGCGAGCCCGCUCAGGCCUCAGUCAGGACCUCCACUUCGACGGUCAACAGCGAACUCGAGAGCAAAGCGCAACGCGGGCAGCCCGCCCAAGCGCCUGCUGUGAUCGAGCCUGAACGCGCCGAGUUCCACGACUUCGACUUCACCGAUAUGCCCAGGAUGCCCCGGUCACCCUCGCCCGAGGGCCGCAAGGAGAACCAACUUGAUGCGGACGAGCCCAGAGGCCGUAAUAUGCAGAGGACGUCACAUCUGUAUGACCAGCAGGAGGGGGCUGCGAAUGGCUUGGGCGUCCCGAUGGGCGACAACCGUCGUCUUUCUGUUGGUUUCCGUCCUCUGCCGCCAGACGAGAUCACGGAAUCCGAGGACCCAGAGUACAGAGCCAACCGCAUCAGAUCUUUCUACAAGGAGUACUUUGAGGAUUCCGCUGCUGACAGACCACCCAUGCCACCCAUGCCCCAGAACAUCCCAGCCCAGCACCAGCAAAAGCGCCCUGGACCGCCCGGGCCACAGAACGGAGGGUACUACGAUGACUACGCCGCGGAUGCUCCUUACUUUGAUCCUGCCUCGAACUCUUUCAUCAUGCCGUAUGCCCAGCCUGUUUCUCGCCGUGCCAUGACACCGCCCCCAUCCGGACAGAGAUUCCCCGGUCCCAGAGGUCCUGGUGGUCCAAGAGGUCCCGGUCCGAGAGGACCGCCCGGCCCGCCCGGCCUCCGCGGUCCUCCCAGACCUGGGUCUUCCGUUUCCAACCAGAUCGGCGGUCCCUCCCGCCCGGGAUCCAGCAUGUCGAACGCCUACGGCCGUCCCCGCGCCGGUUCCACCAUGUCCGGUGGCCGUUUCGGUGGUAACGGUGGCAACAGAACGCCCGUUCCUCCCCCGAUGGAUCUCACCACCCUCCCAACCCCCUCCAUGAUGAAGGACGACUCGUUUGCCAUCCUGAACGCGGCCGACUUCGCUCCUCCCGAGAACUUUGCCUCGCGUGCCCGUGGCAGAUCCCAGAGCCCAGCUGGCGAGCGCCGGCCGUAUGAGAGGAAGGUCCCAGUGCACUCGCCCUUGGUGAACGCCUUUGAUGAGCUCCCCGUUCUCCCCAGCCCUCACACCCUCCGCAAAUCCAGCACCUUUACCGGUCUCGACUUUGCGCCCCCCCGCAAGUUCGUCAACGACAACGACGCCCGCAGCGACGCCGGCUCCAUCCGCAGCAACCGCAGCGGCUUGUCGAAUGUGCAUGCCCAAGCCAUCAAGAACGGCGCGGGCCGCAUCAGCAAGCUGCCCGGCGACCAGAUCUUCACCCCAGACGCCCUAGCUCAGACCUUGAAGCCAUCGUGGGGUCUGCGUGACAAGGUGUAA